AUGUUCUCGACGCCCUACCCGCUUUCCGACACGACCGUGGCCGACUACCAGGCAAAGGGGCACGUCCUGCUGCGCUCCCUCUUCACGCCAGAGGAGGUGGAGCGGAUCCGCAAAGACACGCUCGACACGCACAACCGCCUCCUGCCCGCCCCCGUCGAGGGCCCGCUGUCGACGUACGACAAGGCCUUCAGCCUCACCGAGAACCUGUGGCAGCACUCCGAGGUGCUGCGCGACGUCGUCCUCUCCAAGCGCGUCGCCAACGUGGCCGCCAAGCUGCUCGGGUGCCGCGACGUGCGCGUCUACCACGACCUGACCUUCUUCAAGGACCCCGUCGGGCCCACGGGCGGCUUCACGCCGUUCCAUCAGGACGGCCACUACUGGCCGCUGGACAACCCUAGAUGCCUCACGCUCUGGCUGCCCCUGACCGACUGCCCUGCCGAAAUGGGAACCAUGUCGUUCGUCGACGGUUCCCACGAGAUGCGCGACGCCUCGCACCUCGAAAUCACCGACGAGAGCGACGCCCUCAUCCGCCAGCUCAUCGACACCAACGAGCUCUCGGUCUCGCAGCCUGCCGACCUCGAGGUCGGCGACGCCACGUUCCACUCGUGCUGGACCAUGCAUGCGGCCGGGAGCAACCGUUCCGACCGACGGCGCGAGGUAUUCGCCGUGGCCUACUUUGAUGCCGACGCCGUGGUGCCCGUGCACCCGCCGACCAACAAGCGUCGCGAGGCCAACCUGCACCGCUGGUUCCCCGACGUCGAGCCUGGAAAGCUGGCGGCGUCCCACCUCAACCCCGCUGUGCUCGCCGCCUCGGCUGCUGCCUAG